UCUUUAGAUACAUUUCAUUUAGAUUUUUUAUUAAAUGAUCACUUGAAUCCAAACAUGUAAACUUGCUGUAAUAGAUGUUCAGUUGGCGGAAGCGACGUGUGACUCGCGGCAGCGCUGUCAUAUCCGCCGCAGAGAGCAACCGUGAAGACAACCGAGGCUGAUGGACAACCGAUGUCCUGUUUAUCUUGUCUUAUCACAGAGCACCUGCAGGUUUUCUCACGUUUUUUUUUAGUAUUUCAUUGAUCUGUUUUAGCCUUUGGGGGAUUUAAUGUUGCCACUCAGCUAGGCGGAGCAUGACCUUAUUUCAGAUAGGACUUUUGGAGAAACUAAACCUCGCAGGACGGGUUAGCUGAGGAGGUCCUCUCAGAGACUGUAUGGGCGCAGCCGGCUGACAGGCGGCGGGGCUUCAUACUCAAGUCGGAGAGACAACGGAGGACAGCAAUGCAGCAGCUGGGAGAGGAAGUCACCCUGUACUCGGUUGUCUUCGUCUUGGUCCUGCUUGCGACCCGGAGCCCGGUGUGGACAACCGCCCUCACCGCCUCUCUCUACUUAUUCAUGAUCAUGUUCCGGUUCCCGCAGCUACCGAUCAGCCGAGUCCGGCAGGUGCUGCACCCGGCCAAAGGCACUGUGGGCUCUGGCAAGGUGUCGGUGAUCGCUCACCGGGGCGGUGGGCACGAUGCGCCGGAGAACACGAUAGUAGCCAUCCGGGAGGCCAGUAAGAAUGGGGCUACAGGUGUGGAGUUGGACUUGGAGUUCUCAGCAGAUGGUGUCCCCAUUCUGAUGCACGAUGAGACUGUGGACCGGACCACCAAUGGGUCAGGAUCACUCCGCCAGAUGAAGCUGUCCGAGCUGGGUAAACUGGAUGCAGCUGCUAAACAUCGACUCAGGCACAAGUUUGCUGGAGAAAAGAUCCCGACUCUGAAGGAGGCGGUAGAGGAAUGCAUCAAACUGGAGCUCACCAUCUACUUUGAUGUCAAAGGUCAUCCAGAUGAGGCAGCCGCAGCCCUUAAAGAACUGUAUAAAAGGCAUCCAGUCCUCUACAACAGCAGCAUCGUCUGCUCCUUCGAGCCCAAAGUCAUCUACAGGAUGAGGCAGAGCGACCCAGAGGUUGUCACAGCUUUGACUCACCGACCUUGGAGCCUGAGUCGGUUUGGAGACGGCACCCCACGUUUCUCGUCUCUAUGGAAACACCACUGGAUGACACUAAUGGACGUGGUGUUGGAUUGGGCGCACCAUCACAUGCUGUGGAAGCUCUGUGGCAUCUCAGCCUUCCUCAUACAGAAGAACUUUGUCUCACCGGACUAUGUCCAGUACUGGGCCCAGAGGGGGGUGGAAGUGGUCGCCUGGACAGUAAACACUAAAGUGGAGAAGGAUUACUACCAGGAGCUGCUGCAAGUCAACUACAUCACAGACAGCCUGGUGGAAGACUGUGAACCCCAUUACUGAGAGACGACCCAGCACAGGAUGUAUUCACACACAUGCUCAUUACAAAGAUCAAAUCCAUGUGAAAGGACCAUUUCACUGUCUACUCAUCGUUACCCAUCAUGUGGUAUCAGGAAUGAGAACUAAUGCCACUCCUUUAUUCCCGUGCACACUGUCCCUUUGUGCAGGUUUAUUUGAGGCAGUCAAACUGACUGUGAAUUGGUGCCAUAUGUAAGAGGCAUGACAUGCAUUUCUAGACAUUUUGGAAAUAAGUGUCUAUACUGGACCUUAAUCAAAUGUACUGUACUAUAUUCACAAACUCAGGACUGUAAUGAUUGUUUUUUUUCUCAGUAAUUGAGUCUGUCUUUGAACUAAUCACUGUCUGUGCUUUUUAUUUGGUAAAGACCAUUAAUCUGAAGUAAACAACCAAGAAAUGUUAUUACUCAUGAAAAACAAAUACUUAUUUCAGACUAACACAGAUAAAGAUUUUAUAUUGUUCACAAAUGCACAUUAGAACUAAAAGAAUUAAAUAAGACAAAUGCACAGUGAAAAAAGGAGCUUCUCAUUUUUGAUUGUGAUGACUGCAUUAAGCACAGUCCAUAGCAGGUCCAUAUUGUACUGUAUAUACACAAUACAAUAUAAUUGUCAUACAUUUUAAAAUUAACAUUAAGAUUUAAGAUAUAUAUAGUGUUUGUGUGAGAAACAUGAUUUGGUUUCAUGGUAACAGAAUCAUAGCAUAUAUUGUAGGGUUAACUAUUGGUGCUUUCACAAAAUAUUUCAUCUUUAAGAUGUUCGAUAAAUAACCAGUCAUGUGGAUAUAAUAACUAAGCAAGUAAAGGCAAAUAAUAAUAAAAAGUCUGGUAUGUUCAGAAAAUAACAUCACUUUACUGUAAUACAGCCUGUAAAACCAGGAAAAGACAACACUUAAACUAUUAUGAUAUCCCAAAAUUAAAAAAAACGAUAUCUGGUCUCUUUUCAGGAUAUCGAUACAAUAUCAAUAUAUUGCCUUUUGAAAAGUUUUCAGACUCGACUGUGUUCUGAGCAUGUCGAUAGACUACUUCAGACCCAAAUAUUUGCCUUAUGCUCAUUUGAUGUAGGCUUAAUUUAAUGAGGAAUACUUGACAAUUUAAAAAUCAUUAAAAAGUUUAUUGA